AUGUUGAACAGUAAAUUAUUCUAUCUUGGCUAUAUUAUCAUUGGAGUCAUCUUAUUAUUCAGAUUAUUACGAUGGUGUUUGAUACAGUAUAUUUAUCGAAAAUUUGCCAUCAAACUGGUUAUUAAAGGUUGUCGCCUCUUUCGAUUAAAAUAUUUAAGCAUUGGUUAUGGCCAACAAGCAGCAAUUCUUGAAAAUAUCUGCUUUCAUUUCAAUUUUGGUAGAGAUACUUCCAAAAAAUGGUUCUCUAUUGUAGUAGAUAAAUUAGAAUUCAAUUUAAUCAAAAAUAUUAAAAUACAGCAAGAUGAAACACCAAGCAAUCAAGAAAAGGAGACAAAUGAGCAAUAUAGUAAUAAAGCCAAGCCAUCCAAAGUGGUUACAGAAAAGAGAAGACAACUAUUAUCCAGACUUAUAGUGCUCUUAACAAGCAAGUGUCUAGACAUCGAUAUUAAACAAUUAACUUUGAAGAUAUAUAGAGAAGCUUCUCCGAGUUUAUAUGCGGAAGUAGUUGUCCUUGAUGGAAUCAAAAUCUUCGCUUCAGUUGCAGAUCGACGACGGACUAGCAUUCUUAAUAUGCACUUAUCAAGCAAGCGACAAGUUACCAAACUAUAUUCUAUGCAAGGCUUGCAAUGGUCACCUAAUUUUAAAGUUGACGACAUUGCGAAGCCAAUGGCAGAAAUGUCGGUCCAUAUUGACGUAGAUCUAAUAAUAGAACCUAUGGCAGGUAUAGGUUCAGCGGAACUAAGAAUAAAACUAGAUAAGAUCGAGAUAGUUGUUGCCGAAGAAUCUUUAUCAUUAUUGGCACCAAUAUCUACACCCAGAUCAAGUAGCCAGACAGGUAUUAUGCUAUGUAUUGAAAUUAAAAUUAUUAAUAAUUAG